ACAAAAUUUGAUUACAAUAUUAACAAAUGCACAGUUAUUUAACUUGUUUCAAUAAAAUAAAAUGCAGAAAAGAUUUGUGACGCUUGCAGUAAUAUCUAUAUUAAGUUUAGCACUUUGGAUUUAUUGGAGUUCAAACUUGGAACUUCAUGAGACGAUAAGACUUAUAAAAUCCAGCCAAAACAGAUUUAUAAAGGAUCUUAAAAUAACACCUUCAAACACAUUAUGCGGAAAAAAUCCAUUUAUAAUUAUAAUAGUGACAUCUUAUGUGGGUCAUGUUGAACUGCGGAGUGCACACCGCAGAGCUAUGCCACAAGAGUACCUAGAGGCCAUGAAUGCAACAAGAAUAUUUAUGUUGGCAAAAAUUCCACCGCAUGAAAAAUAUAUUACUCAGGCUGCUAUAGAAGAUGAAAGCAACACUUUCGGGGACAUCCUCCAAGGUUCAUUUCUAGAAAACUACCGCAACUUAACUUUUAAGCAUUUGAUGGGUUUACAAUGGGCCUCAAAAAAAUGCAGUGAUGCCUCCUACAUACUCAAAGUAGAUGAUGACACUGUAUUUAAUUUACAAAGAACAUAUAAUCUUUUAACCAGCAAACCUAUUGAAGGAGAUUUCCUUAUGGGUUACAUGUUAAACAAUACCAAGCCAAGAAGAGAAAAACAGAAUAAAUGGUAUGUGACAUGGGAAGAAUAUCCGAGGAAUGAGUACCCACCGUAUAUGUCUGGCUGGUAUUACAUAACAACAACUAAUACUGCUGCAAGACUAACAAAUGAGGCGGUGCACCAUCCAUACUUCUGGAUAGAUGAUAUACUGAUCACCGGUCUUUUAACUGAAGCUCUAAACAUCAAGCUUAUUCAACUACCUAAAUGGUUUUGGCUUGAAUACUAUGAAUUACUUGAAUGUUGUCUAAGGGAUAUGAUAAAUAAACAUAUUAUGUGUGAUGCCGUUGUAGGUCCAAAUGGUGGUAGGAAUAAUUUAAUUUUAGAGUUUAACGAUGAACUUAGUUUGUGUAAUAUGUUGAAGAAUUGUACUAAAAGAAAUGAGGAGCAAACUCUUGAUAAAGUAUGUGUGGCUUUUAGAGAGAGAAGUAUCUUCAGUGAUGGUAAGGCUGAAGUACGAUUCAUUAAUUUAAGGUGAUCUUGGUGGACCUUAUGUCUGUGCAAUAAUACAAAAUUCUUUAUUUUUUUCAAAACCAUUACAAAUAUUACAAUAGCUGCUGUCUCCUUGUAAGUUAUUUACAAAAUAACCUAUGCUAGGAGGCACCACUCUCCCAUAUCUAAGUACAAUUUAUUUAGUAUUAUACUAUUCUUAUAAGCUUUACCUAAUAAGUUAAUUAUUAUAAAUAUUAAUGAGGUUUACAUAUUGUUGGUUAAGUGUAACAAUGGUUAUAUAGGGUUGUCACAUUCCUCCUCAUCUUAAAGCAUGUGCCAGAUGGCAGACAACCACAGUUCCUGCAACAUGACCAUGGUAGAAGCGAGUGGUUUACAACAAGCGGCUAGACGAUUUUAAACCACUGCUUCUGCCAUUUGUUGGCAGAGCACGCCUGUCUACCGAGGGCGUUUAAAGGUCAUGCAGAAUUUGGUUUCAACCACUUGCUACAUGGCUUAAAACAACUGUUUUUCUACCAAGGUCAUCUUGCAGAAACUGGUUGUCUGCCGUCUGGCACAUGCUUAAGGCUUUCCUGGUUGUAUCCUAGAGUACCUAUAAUAUCGAUAACUACCAUAGCACCUGUAUAGCCUCUAGCGGUCCACCAUACAAGGUAAAUUGCCAGUCAAAUUUGAAUCAAAGGUGUUGAAUUUGUUUUAUUUUAAAAUCGAACAAAACAAAAGCAACUGUUCCAUUUCAUUAUUAUUCAAAUUUUAUUGCAGGUAAUGUGUACUAUACUAGUAUUAGGACUUUGAACUAGUGUUUGCACGACGGAUCUGAAAUGUAUGGAAAGAUCCGCGGAUCCGAAUCCAGAUUCGGAUAAUUUCAUACAUUUCGGAUCCGGAUUGCAAACCCUACUUUGAACCCCAAGAGGAUAGAUUGUUGGCGUCAGCUAUAAUGGGCUUAACAUAGGAGCGCCUCGACAGUAUCUCGCCCGCGUUUUUUUUAUAUUUUUCUAGUAUUUUAGAGAGGGACGGGUAGUAUAUCUCGCGGGAGAGAUACUUUCACGGCGCUCCUGUGCUGUGUUACUACAGAGAUAGUUGACCUCUCUUGCAUACAAAGUUUGUAUCUCUGCAGCUGACUUCACAUUGAGCCAACCUUGGCCAAUCUACAGGAAAACACAAGUUUCCAAAUGGUCCCUAUAUAAAGUUAUAAGAACUUUAUGUGUUCUUUACUAACCCUUAAUGACCUAUAAUGUUAAUGUUAUACAUUUUACAAAUAUUUAACAAUAAAUAUUUCUAGUCUAUAUUUUAUACAAAUAUACAUGAAAAAAAAUUAGCAUAGUUAAUUAAGUAAGUGUAGCCGGUCAAACAAGUUUGUCGGUAGAAAAAGGUGCGAAAUUCAAAUUUUCUAUCGGACGAUAACCCUUCGCCCCAAUUUUUUUUUUUAAUUUGCCGCUCUUUUCUUCUGACGGAAAUUGCUUGACAGAGUAUA